AAAAAACGUUGCUUACAGUAAUGAAAAAUCGUGUGCGCAUAUUUUGAUUACUUAUGUUUAACACUAGAUUUAUGGACACAUUACUUGUAUUCCUUGUUUUACUGAAACCCGUUAUAUUGGCGGAUACAUUAAACUUCGAUUUUUGGUUUUCGGUUUCUCGUUAAUAAAAAAUCCUUUUGAUUGCCAUAUCUUUAAGCAUAUGAAUUUCUCAAUCCGUAAAAUUGGCGGGUUCCGUAUUUAGUAUUAAUGAAAUUUAAUACAAGCUUUCAAGGACAAAACAAGGAUAUUUUAAGGCUCUAUUAUAAAGAAGAAAGCGAAACAUUUGUGAAAAAUAUAAUUAACAAAAUCUAAAAUUUUCUAGUUUUUUUUAUUGCGUAUUGUACCGAUUAUUGUUGCAAAUAGACACUAUAAGUUCAGUUGCUUUGAUCGUCAACAUUCACGGAUCGUCGACGUAUCGACAAACUGACAAAGUUACCACGAAUAUUAGAAAUUGUGCACAUUACAAAGAAAAUAGAUAGAAAAAUGUAUGAUUGCACAAUUUGCCACUUAUCUUACCACUAUAAUGACGGAUCAAUGAACAAGUAAUAGAUACGCAACAUAUUGACAACAGUAUUUCCUCUUGGAAACAUUCUCCAGUGGAAGUGUACGACAUACGAGAAACAUUGUGUUACAUAUGGCCACAAUUUUUUCGAGAUCAACACCAACCGUUACUGAAUGAUGCGCACAAAUUGGAACACUGGAAUUGAUUAUGGUUUCUCAAUGAUAAGAAAAAUGAUGUGGAUACUCGGUGUAUGGCCCCUACAACAGAACAGUUUGGUUUGCACAUUUCGCUGGAUUAUGAUAUUUAUUGUAGAGUCUCUCACAUUCAUCAACGUGCUGAUAGAGUCUUUUAAAAGCUGUGGCGAUGUCAAAGAUGCUCUAGAGGUUUUUCUUAUAAUAGAAACCUUAUUACAUGCGUGGACAAAUACCAUUUUCAUGCGUAUUUAUAUGAAAAAGAUUGUCAUUAAUAUAAACUCUGCAAUUAAUGACUGGUCCUGUUCGUCCAUGCGAAAAGAAUCUUAUUUAAUAAUGAUAGCAUAUGCACGGGCAGGGCGAAUAGUCACACUCUUUCAAUUCUUGCUUGGAUUUUUGAGCGCUGUCUUGUAUUUUACUUCUAUUAUUGUCGGAAAUAAACAACAGGUCAUAAUUAUCGAUAACAGUACCGUAGUUUUGUGGAAUUUUGUUUUUCCAUCAACAUGUCUGUUUAAAGGGAUUUCAUACUCUACAUACAAAAUACUUUUUGUAAUGCAAAUAGUACAGGCGUUUAUAAUCUUCAUAGCAGAAUGUGCAAACGACAGUUUUUUCUUUGCUAUCACCAUGCAUCUUUGUGGUCAGUUAGAGCUUCUGAAGGCUCGUUUCGUUGAACUUGGAAGAAAAAUUGAGAAAAAAAACCAUUGUCGAAACGUAUUGGGACCUUGGAUCAGAAGGCAUUAUCAAUUAAUAAUCUUGGCUAGAAAUAUUGAAGAUGCCUUUAAUAUCAAUAUUUUGAUUCGCCUGUCAAUAACUACUAUAGUUAUUGCAAUUUCAGGAAUGCAUAUCAUCAUGUCUGUUAGGCAUAAUAAUUAUACUGACGUAAUAAAAAGCAUAAUCUUUAUUCAAUAUUUUAUUCUACAAUCCUUCUUAUUUACACACGCUGGUGAUACCCUACAGAAUCAAAGCGAAUCGAUCAUUUCAGCCAUAUAUAGUAUAACGUGGCAUAAAUUGUCAUCCACCACAAUGAAGGAUUUGUUAUUUAUUAUGAUGAGAACAAAGAUUCCUCUUCAGCUUAGUGCUGGAAAAUUUUUUUAUAUUACAAGAAGCACUAUCACGAAUAUUUUGAGAACUGCCUUGACAUACAUAUCGUUUUUACAGGUGACGAUAAAAAAUUGAGCAAAUACAACGCUAUCAUACAACGCUAGUUUGCUUAUCAUGUUAACGAUAUAUUGCAGUACAUAGAUAUAAAAAUAUUAUAUAUUAUAUACAUUAUAUGUCAGUAUGUUUUCUGCUGUUAUUUCUUAAACAUGUAUAUUACAAAAUUUAUAUUAAUAAUAUUGAUUAUAUAUCUGUAACAAUGUUUAUUAAUUGGUAUAUUUAUUUAAACACGCAUACAAUGUGCGAUCAGUUAUACCAUUCUAUUAUCUUUGAACAGAAUUAUUAUUUUUAAAUGAUUUAUUUUAAUAUAUAAUAAUUAUAAUAGUUAAGUAAGAAACUCUGAAGAUAGUUUAAGUAAACAGUGUACUUUAUAUACUAAUAUCAAAUAAUCAUGUAUUGCAUGUU